AUGGAGCCUGGGAAAGUAGACCGGCCGGCACAGCGAUUGGUGACAGAGGAACCUCGUCCGCAGGAGCAGGCAGACCGGCGGUUCGCGUACGGAUUAUGGGCAAGUGUUAUGGCGUUGGGAUGUCUGAAUGUGGCAGGCGCGUUUACGCAACUGAAGGGUGCGGUGUAUUCCUGUCUAUGUGGCGCGGCGACAGCAAGUUGUGUGAUUGCUGGUUGUGAGUACGCACGGCAUCACCAUAGUUCAGAUUACUGCCAUGUACACGCACACCUGGAGCAGGGUCCUCAAAUUGUACAGAAUAUGACGGAUUGCCCAUAUGGACCACGUGUCGUGCGGACCCCACACGUUCAUUACGAAAACCGCCCGGUCAUGAAACAGACAAUUGUACGUGAUCCGCCUCGUCAGGAGAUAUACCAACCACCUCCACAAGUCGUUACAAUUCCUGGAGAAGAACGAACUGUCAUGCGCCAGAGCUUUGAAAAAGUGCCGGUCACGUAUUGGUCCAAACAGGCACAUGGGGGCCAAGGCAAGGCCCUCGACCUCACCGGCGGACUCCCCACAUUGCCCGACCAACGCGUCGUUCAGAAAGGCCCGAAUGGAGAAGUCAAAGCCAUUAUUACACGCGCUUCCAAAUCCAAAGGUCUAGGCGCAGCUGCUGGCAAGGCAGCUGCCCAGACAACAGCAGCAGCUGAUGGAACUAGAGUUCAAGGUACUACUGACCUUCAUGACACCGCCAAGACUCCCAUUUCCUCGUCUGCUAAAGCUCCAACGGCGCUCUCCGCUCAGGUACCCAAUAGACAGAAGAAGGAAAGAUAUUCCAAAACAGCAGCACUCCUCCAAUCUCUCCAGGGCAACCCCUCACCCUCCACCAGCACACCUGGAUCCAAUAGCGCAGCUGGCUCCCGAGUAUCACUCAUCCAAAAGGCCUUCUCCAAACUGCCAGAGCCACAACACUGGAAUUCCAUCACCUGGUACCCAAGGAGAUCCCCUCAGUCACAAAAGAGAGUGAUCAUCGAUAGGGGUGAUUAUCAUGGAAUUGAAAUUCUACCCCGCUUUACGUACCAGCCUUGA